ACAGUGCAGUGCAGUGCAAUACUCAUUUAUGACGCGGAAUCUUUCAUUUCUAAUCAUUUUUUUCCAUUUAAAAGCUGUAUUUUCUUAUUGUGGAGAAGCUGCUUAACCUAACACAGGUUUAGAGAGGCUCUGCCCCGAAGAGCUGACAAUUAGUGGAUAAACAGGUUAAUACCAGCUCUCCUCAAUCUGAGUGUUGAACUACAAUCAGCAUCAACAAAAAAAGUGCUAUGGCAGCCCUGAAGUACGCAGGCCUGGACGACACAGACAGCGAGGAUGAGUUGCCACCUGGAUGGGAAGAAAGGAGUACAAAGGAUGGAUGGGUUUACUAUGCAAACCACUUAGAUGAGAAAACACAAUGGGAACAUCCGAAAACUGGAAAACGUAAAAGGAUUGCUGGAGAUCUCCCCUAUGGCUGGGAGCAGGAAACUGAUGGAAAUGGACAGACCUACUUUGUUGACCACUUGAAUAAGAGAACCACAUACCUCGAUCCAAGACUUGCAUUCACUGUUGAUGACCAGCCUUCUAAGAUGAAUACAAGGCAGAAAUAUGAUGGAAGCUCCACAGCUAUGGAGAUACUCCAGGGCUGCGAUCUCUCUGGGAAGGUGGUGAUAGUCACUGGAGCAAACACUGGAAUCGGAUUUGAAACGGCUCGAUCGUUGGCCCUGCAUGGCGCGCUAGUUAUCAUGGCGUGCCGGAACAUGCAAAAAGCAAACGAAGCCAGGCGCCGUAUUCUAGAUGAAUGGCACAAAGCUAAGGUAGAAGUAAUGAUCUUGGACUUGGCCUCCUUCUCCAGUGUGGAAAAGUUUGCUGAAGCCUUCAAGAGUAGAAAUCUACCCCUUCAUGUCCUAAUCUGCAACGCUGCUUGGAUGGGGGGUCCUUGGCAGCUGACUGAAGACGGGUUAGAAUUAACCUUCCAGGCGAAUCACCUCGGCCACUUUUACCUUGUGUCCCUCCUGCAAGAAACCUUACGUCACUCCAUCCCAUCCAGAGUCGUCGUGGUGUCAUCAGAGUCACACAGGUUUACUGAAAUUAAAGAUUCUUCGGGGAAACUUGACCUCAGCCUGCUUUCCCCAUCUAAGAAAGACUAUUGGGCCAUGUUAGCGUACAACCGUUCCAAGCUGUGCAACGUUCUGUUCUCCCAGGAGUUGAACCGUCGCCUCUCUCCCCAUGGGGUGACGUCUAAUGCUGUCCAUCCAGGAAAUAUGAUGUAUUCUUCCAUUCAUCGGAACUGGUGGGGGUACAGGUUGCUGUUUACUUUGGUCCGGCCCUUUACCAAGUCCAUGCAACAAGGAGCUGCCACGUCUAUCUAUUGUGCUGUCUCCCCGGAGCUGGAAGGCCUAGGAGGGAUGUACUUCAAUAACUGCUGCCGCUGCCUUCCAUCACAGGAGGCCCAGCGAGAGGAGACGGCUGCGGCCUUGUGGGAACUGAGCGAGAAGCUGAUCCAAGAACGAGUUGGCAGUCAAUCCAAAUAGCAGGGAGCCGCCGUUACGAUCAAAACACAUGGAGUGUGUGCGCUAGGAAACUGCCAGCCCUGGAAACUUUCCAACCCUAUCAUCUAGAGGGUUUCCAUAUACCUCUGAUACAGAUUAACUAGUGUUAAAUGAAAUAAUAGCAGUCACAACACAGUGAAAAAUGUUAAGUACUAAUGGGAAGUAGGGAAUACGGUGGGGUUAAAGGGACCAUAUCUCUUUCUUGUUGUUUGUUAAGCAGAUUUCUUUGUCUUUUAAUUAGAGUAUAAAACUUGGGUUGCCAACUAUGUAACAAAACCAAAUGAAAGCAAAAAUCACAUUACGAGGGGAGAGUAAAUUACAAGCCGCUUAAUAUUCUGUGAUCCUGAAGAAGGAGCUUGGCACCCAAAAAGGCGUAAUUAAGAUGGCAGGCUGAUAAUUAAUGGGCAAGUAUAACUGUUUAAUUAUGGGUGAAUCUCAAAUAAUUUAACGUGAAAUGAGUAAAAACAUGAGAAAUGUUUAUUGCUUUUUAAUAGCGAUUGCGUUAGACGCAGAGACGUAUAACAUUGAGAUGAUCAUCUGUAUGAUCAUUUACUAAUAAUGUCCUUUUCUUCAUCUUUUCUGUAUUCUGUUUGUGAUCCUUGAACACUAAGACCUUUAAUAAAUUGAGAGUGGAAUCGCUA